AUGUUUUUAUUCUUAUCAGUCGUAAUAAUUAAUGGGUUGUAAUUGAAGCUAUACCCAUUUGAUUAUAAGAGAGGAGAUCUAACAGAUACUGCAUACUCAGUAAAAUAGAUAUUUAUUUAGGUUUAUUUACAAAUUGCUGGUUAAAGUUAAUAAAUGAUAAUUGACAAUCUCACUCCUUAUACAUGGAUAUAUUCAAAAAAUCCAAUUAAUAAUCAUUAAUGUAUAGGUUGCCCAUAAAAUGUCUAAUAAUUUGAAUGUAAAGAAACUAAUGGAUGCUCAAAGCUUUCAAAUUCUCAAUCAAUCACACUACAAAACUCUAAUAAAUGCAUCCUAACUAAAAAUGUAUUUAAAAUUUACUUAUUGCAAGAAUAUUGUGUUAGAUAAGAGUUUCUUUGAUAAUUUUCAGAUUUGUCUCUCUUAUGAUAUAUCAAAUUAGCAAUAUAAAUUAAAUGGAGUUUUGAGUUUAACAAAAUUAACAGAUUCUCCAAAUAAAUCCAAUUUAUUUUAUUAGUAAGUAAAAUUUGAAUUAGAUUAGAACAACAAAACUUCUAAUAAAUAUUCCAAAUCUCAACUAUUGUUGGAUAAGAAAAAAUCUUUAUUAGCGAAUAGAAUACCUAUUAACUUUAGAAAACAAUUACUUAUUAAAAUUAAGCUGAAGAUUAAUGGAAAUUAUAAUUCUAAUUAUUUCAGAAAGAUAUUUAAUUUAUUAAAAAAGGUGAUAAUGAAUUUAUUACUUUUGAUCUAACAACUAAAUACAAUUAUUUUACUAAACCCAUUAUCAAAAAGAUAAUAACUUAAAUAAAAAAUUAUUAAAAUCUGGUAAUUGAAUAUAUUAUUAUAAUUAAGUUUUGCUCUGUCGAAAAUAAUAGAUUAAAUUGUUUAUGUCCAAAGCCAGAGUUUAUUAAUAAGAUUCCCAAAAUUAAAAUUGCAUUUAAUGGAUUACCAAAUACUUUUAAUCUCCCUUUAAAUCCUUAAUAUAUCUAAAACGAAUAAAAAUGUGUAUUUGAUAUAUUCCAACAUAAUUCUGCAUCAUAUUUAGGAAAUUAAUUCUUUUAGUAAUAACAUCAUUUUAAUUUAGAUAAAAUGGAGCUAUAUUCAAUUCAAAAGAAAACACAAUUAUGAUUGGAUCAUCAAAUAUGGAUUCUGAAGAUAGUCUAUCAUUUGUUAAUCCUUCAUUAUAUUGUUUAUUAGCAGCUUUUUUGAUGUUAUUUGGAUUAAUAUCUUUAAUAUUAAUACUCAAGUAUAUAUACUAAUAAUUUUUUUAGAAAAAUCUCUGAGGAUUAAUUAUCAGCACCAAAAUAUUCAUAACCAGAGCCAAAACCUUUAUAUGUAGUGUCAAACAAUUAACGGUUCAAACCAGAUAAUUUAGUGAUAUCUAGAAAUUAAUAAAUGAUUCAUUCAAGAAGAUGAAAUUAUCAUAAAAAUUAUUUUUAU